CUGCUGGGGGAGGGGCGGGGGUCACCAUGGCCGAAGCGCCCCAGGUGGUGGAGAUCGACCCGGACUUCGAGCCGCUGCCCCGGCCGCGCUCGUGCACCUGGCCGCUGCCCAGGCCGGAGUUUAGCCAGUCUAACUCGGCCACCUCCAGCCCGGCGCCGUCGGGUGGCCCAGCCGCGAACCCCGACGCUGCCGCGGGCCUGCCCUCGGCCUCGGCGGCCGCUGUCAACGCCGACUUCAUGAGCAACCUGAGCCUGCUGGAGGAGAGCGGGGACUUCCAGCAGGCGCCCGGCUCCGUGGCGGCGGCGGCGGCGGCGGCAGCCGCGGUGGCGGCGGCGGCCGCCGCUGCUGCCACCGGGGGGUUGUGCGGGGACUUCCAGGGCCCAGAGGCGGGCUGCCUGCACCCGGCGCCGCCGCAGCAGCCCCCGCCGCCCGGGCCGCUGUCGCAGCACCCGCCUGUGCCCCCCGCCGCCGCCGGGUCGCUUGCCGGGCAGCCGCGCAAGAGCAGCUCGUCCCGCCGCAACGCGUGGGGCAACCUGUCCUACGCCGACCUCAUCACCAAGGCCAUCGAGAGCUCGGCAGAGAAGCGGCUCACGCUAUCGCAGAUCUACGAGUGGAUGGUCAAGAGCGUGCCCUACUUCAAGGAUAAGGGCGACAGCAACAGCUCGGCAGGCUGGAAGAAUUCAAUUCGUCAUAAUCUGUCCCUACACAGCAAGUUCAUUCGCGUGCAGAAUGAAGGAACUGGAAAAAGUUCCUGGUGGAUGCUCAACCCAGAGGGAGGCAAGAGUGGGAAAUCCCCCAGGAGAAGAGCCGCCUCCAUGGACAACAACAGUAAAUUUGCCAAGAGCCGAGGCCGGGCUGCCAAGAAAAAAGCAUCCCUCCAGUCUGGCCAGGAGGGUGCCGGGGACAGCCCGGGAUCUCAGUUUUCGAAGUGGCCCGCCAGCCCUGGCUCUCACAGCAACGAUGACUUUGAUAACUGGAGUACAUUUCGGCCGCGCACUAGCUCGAAUGCUAGUACUAUUAGUGGGAGGCUCUCUCCCAUCAUGACUGAGCAGGAUGACCUUGGAGACGGGGAUGUGCAUUCUAUGGUGUACCCACCCUCGGCGGCAAAGAUGGCUUCUACUCUGCCCAGUCUGUCUGAGAUAAGCAAUCCUGAGAACAUGGAGAACCUUUUGGAUAAUCUCAACCUUCUCUCAUCACCAACGUCAUUAACUGUUUCAACCCAGUCUUCACCAGGCACCAUCAUGCAGCAGACGCCAUGCUACUCAUUUGCGCCACCAAACACCAGUCUGAAUUCACCCAGCCCCAACUACCAAAAAUACACGUAUGGCCAAUCCAGCAUGAGCCCUUUGCCCCAGAUGCCUAUGCAAACACUUCAGGACAGCAAAUCGAGUUACGGAGGCAUGGCCCAGUAUAACUGUGCAGCGGGACUCUUGAAGGAGUUACUUACUUCCGACUCUCCUCCCCAUAAUGACAUUAUGACGCCAGUCGAUCCGGGGGUGGCCCAACCCAACAGCCGAGUCCUUGGCCAGAAUGUGCUGAUGGGCCCUAGUUCGGUCAUGCCAGCCUACGGCGGCCAGGCCUCUCAUAACAAAAUGAUGAAUCCCAGCUCCCACAGCCACCCUGGACACGCUCAGUCCACGUCUGCCGUCAAUGGGCGUGCCUUGCCCCACGCGGUGAACACCAUGCCCCACGCCUCGGGGAUGAACCGCCUGGCCCAGGCGAAGACCGCUUUACAAGUGCCUCUGCCCCACCCCAUGCAGAUGAACGCCCUGGGGGGCUACUCCCCCGCCAGCACCUGCAACGGCUAUGGCAGGAUGGGCCUUCUCCACCAGGAGAAGCUCCCGAGUGACUUGGAUGGCAUGUUCAUUGAGCGCUUGGACUGUGACAUGGAGUCCAUCAUCCGGAACGACCUCAUGGAUGGAGACACUUUGGAUUUUAACUUUGACAAUGUGUUGCCCAACCAAAGCUUCCCACACAGUGUCAAGACGACGACACAUAGCUGGGUGUCAGGCUAAGCUGAGUGAGUGAGCAGGCUACACUGAAAAGUACUUCAAAUUAUCUGACAGGAGGAACUGAGAGAAGCAGUCCAAAGAUGUCCUUCACCCCACCUUUUCAUUUUCUUGAUUAAAAAAAAAAAAAAAAAAAAAAAAAAAACGCGUUUCUUUUUUCCUUUCGUCAGACUUGGCAGCGAAGACACUUUUCCUGUACAGGAUGUUUGCCCCAUGUUUGCAGGUUAUGUGCUGCUGUAGAUAAGGACUGUGCCAUUGGGAAUUUCAUUACAAUGAAGUGCCAAACUCACUACACCAUAUAAUUGCAGAAAAGACUUGCAGAACCUGGUGUGCUUUCAAGUUUUGUAUAUAAGCUGUAGCUACAGAAUUGUAUUUGUGUGCGUUUUUGUUUUUGUUUUUGUUUUUUAAUAUCCAUUUGGUCCAAGGAAAGUUUAUACUCUUUUUGUAAUACUGUGAUGGUCUCAUGUCCUUGAUAAGUUAAACUUUUGUUUAUGCUACCUGUGUUCUGCCGAACUGACGAAUCACGACGCACCCAGCUCCCCAUUCUGCACCUCCAAGGGACAGCUCUGGACCUGUUGACGUUGCCACAUAAUUCACAUGAGAACCAAUAGCCUGUUACCAAUCUGCUGAAUUAACGGACUUAUCAAAACUCUUUUGGGGGAAAACAAUAAAAUUAAACGCCAGCCUUGUACAGUUUUUUUCUAUUUUUUUUGUUUGUUUAUUUUGUUAUUUGCAAAUUUGUACAAACACUUAAAUGGUUCUAAUUUCCAGAUUAAUGAUUUUUGAUGUUACUGUUGGGACUUUGAGAUCAUUUUUGGAAUAGACAUUGAACUGUAAUGUUUUCUUAAAACUAGAGUCUACUUUGUUACAUAGUCUGCUUGUAAAUUUGUGGAAUCCCAGAUAUUUGAGGCAGCACCUGUAAUUUUCAUUUUGUAUUUCUAACUGGAUUAGUACUAAUUUUGUACACGCUUAACUGGUUUGUACACUUUGGGAUGCUACUUGGUGAUGUUUCUGACUAAUCUAAAAUCAUUGUAAUUAGUUCUUGCACACUCAACAUUUCUGGCCCUAUCUUGGCAGGAGAGUGAUCUAUAGUUAUGGAUUUUUUGCGUUUUGUGUUUAGGAGAACUUGAUAUGUUUUUAUGUAUGUGUUUUAAAGAAAUUCUAUCUGCUUCUACUACCCUGCGAACGAAGCGCAUUGCAGAGCAUUGAAUCUUAUGAUCGCUGUGUGCUUGUGUGCGCGUCCCAUUUCACGUACUUGGGGGCAGGGAGGGGGCUCGAAAUAUUUGUAGGUCCGAAGCGGAAAUCUGCAUCUAUAGCAGUCCUCCUUUCUCAAGCUGGGGGUUUUGAUCAACUUCGUAACCUCUUUGAGUUCAGCUUCAGCAAGUUUUCCCUCUGUGCUAUUCCUGGUCUAGGUGGAGGUUGGUUUUCAGCUCUGCCUUGAAAGAUGAUGUUCACACUCAGACUUCAUCCCCGCCGCCUCCCGUUCUGUCCUGCACGUUCCUUGGCACGCUCUGGAAAGUUAAGCUGGGGGUGGGGGAGUUUAAAAUGGGACUUGAGUGAUUUCGUAGAGUGCUUUGUGCUCAUGAGUACAGAUGGCUACCAAAUGGAGUAAAACUUGCUUAAACUUUGGGGCCAUGAGUUCAAAAACUAGCAAAGCAGCUGUAAGUUGUAUAUUUGAAUUUAUUUUUGAAAAGAUUUUGCAUAAGCUAAGUAUUGGAGAAUUUCUUUAUUCUUUCGCAACCUACACUGUAAUUCUGAUCAUUUCGUUGUCGUAUUUUCCAGUGACCUAUAACUGACAGACCAGUUGAUGGGCUUUGCGUCCCGUUUAAUCCAUCGGUGUGUUCACGUCGUGUGGAAUGCUCAGAGGCGGCACACCAAAAGGAACAGGUGCACAGAAGUGGUCCUCUGGCCUUCUUGGGGAAGGCUCUGAUUCCUGUGUGCUUAGCCCCCAUCACCCUUGCUUUUGUCCUCCCUGUGCAUUUUGUUUCUGUUGGCUUGGUUUUUCCUCCAUGUCUAACAAGAACACACGUGUUCUUGAUGGGUUUCCCACAGGAGUCUAUUGUAAGCUUCCCACUGCGACGUCUAGUCUUUUGAAAAUUCUUUAAGCAGCCGCCUCUCUAACCAUCUCCAUUGUUAGCCAAACUCUGUCUGCUUUUAGAAACCUUCGUUCCUGUGAGCAGUGCCUUUGCACAUGUGCUAGAGCUCAUUGGGGCCAGAACACUCGUGUUCUCUUCGGUGACAUACCACCGCGUCCCUCCUCUCCGGCCGCCACAUAGCGAGCCUCACUGCCCCUGUUGUUCACAGAAGAGGCAGCGAUAGCUAAAAAUCUCUGUUAAAAUCUUAUUGCUUCAUAGAGUGACUUUGGAAAAGAUGUUGUUUUCUCUUGAGUCUGUGUAAAUAUCCCUUUUUUUUUUUCUCUUCAAAUUUUUCUUUGUGUUGAAAUUCUAACAGGAAUCCUGGGUAGCUGUCCGGGGUACAGUGAAGUCCAGUGAAAGGCACCUUGUCUAUUUUGAAAACAAACAUUAUGUGACCUCUGGUAAUUCUUUUUCUGUACGAAUACUGACUUUCUGGAGUAAUGAGUAUAUCAGUUAUUGUACAUGAUUGCUUUGUGAAAUGUGCAAAUGAUAUCACCUAUGCAGCCUUGUUUGAUUUAUUUCCUCUGGUUUGUACUGUUAUUAAAAGCAUAUUGUAUUAUAGAGCUAUUCAGAUAUUUUAAAUAUAAAGUAUUGUUUCCGUAAUAUAGACGUAUGGAAUCUAUUUAGGUAAUAGAUGCAUUACUUGGAAAGUUCUGCUUUGACAAACUGACAAAGUCUAAAUUAAUUAGCAAAUGCUAUAUCCCAGGGAGCAGGAAAUCAAUGGAACAUCCCAAGAAGAGGAGAAAGACACUUAAAAUGGAAACAGUUCCCCUUAAAAUCUAGGAAUUGGACUUGUUCAGCUGGAUAUAUGUUACCAGGCGACCCCUCCCGCUUCCCAUCUCCAGCCCCUAACCCCCAACUGGAAAUUCUUACAUUCAGCUCCUAGGAGUUCUUAAUUUACAACUGACUUAGAAGUUUCUCUUGUGGUUUUAGUUUGGGGGUAACCAUCCAGGAAAAGAUGCAAUGUGGUUUAUGCAAACAAAAAAACCUAGCAUUAGUCUUGGCCUCCUCCCUGAGGCGGGCGCAGGGCCUGGCAGUGGGGCCAGGUGGGGCCACCUCAGUCCCGUCAGGACGCAGUCACGGGCCCCCCCCCCCCAUUUCGCUACUGAGUUCAGCAACAGUGCAGAUUCCACGUUCCCAUUCCGCUACUCUCUGAGAAGUGCCUGAUGAUGUUGAUGUACUUACAGACACAAGAACAAUCUUUGCUAUUAUUGUAUAAAGCCAUAAAUGUACAUAAAUUAUGUUUAAAUGG